GCAAUCGAAGUAACUAUUUUAGUUUCAUUAAAAUAACAUAUCACUCUUAAGGACUAUAUAAUAACAAAUUACCUUCUUGUUGUUCUCAGUUUCUUCUCCCAAUACCAAAAAUAUUUUGCUUCAUCCAAGGUCUUGAAGAUGGGUAUAAAAGUUUCAUCAAAGAUCAAAAGAAUUCUCGCAUCCACAGCUUCAGGUAGUUCAAAUCCCAAAGAUGGUGCUGACGUGGAUGUCCGAGAGGAAUAUGCAAACGCCUUUCGUACGGAAUCAUACAAUCACUUUUGGACACGUGUCGUACAGCUAAGCCGCAAAAAGUCCGCAGUGUCUUCUUCUUCUUCUUCUCCACCAAUCGAAUCAUCCUCCACGUCAGCUCGUCUCAUGUCUUAUCGCCUAUUCGCGCACAAUCUUCUAGACCCGGAUCUGAAUACCAUUACUCGGAUACUAGAUGUAUCCCGGGUCGGGCGACACACCCGAACUCUUCUCUCUGAUUACUUCUUGGAGACGGCAAACGCUUUCUUGCUUUGCACGCAAUUACUAAAAAACAUUCAUCAUCUUCGUUCUAAAUACGAGUCUUUGAAACCAAAAUUUCAUUCGGAAAAUCAUAAUUCAUUGGCUUUAAUAGACCAAUUCACGGAGAUAUCAAAAUGGUUCGACCCGUUUAUCUCGUCGGGUUCUAGGAUCCAGCUAAUCAGAUCCGGCUGUUUAUACUUGCUAAAACGGCUAGAGUCGAGACGAGACAAGACACGAGCCAAACUUAAGCUUAUCAACGGACUAACUCAUAGCUCAGGGCUUCUCGUUUUGGCUCUAACCACUACAUUGAUUGUAACCAUAGCCUCUCACGCUUUUGCUUUGUUUCUAGCCGCUCCGACUCUUUUAGCCUCUCAAUUUAAACCAGCCGGUUUAAGGAAUAAGUUAACAAAAACAGCGGCUCGGCUCGACGUUGCUGCCAAAGGUACUUACAUUUUAAGCCGUGAUUUGGACACGAUAAGCAGACUAGUGACACGAAUUAACGAUGAAGUGAACCAUGUUCGAGCCAUGGCUGAGUUUUGGGUUGGUAGAGGGUCGGGUCGGGUUCGAGGCAGUGAAGAAGUUGCUCGAGAGUUGAAGAGAUGUGAAGAAAGCUUUAGUGAAGAACUUGAUGAGCUUGAAGAACAUAUUUACUUGUGUUUCAUGACUAUUAAUCGGGCAAGGAAUCUUCUUGUUAAAGAGAUUUUGGAUUCGGAUGAUCCACCUAAUUGUUCAUUCGCUCCCAAAUCCAAAAAAAAAUUGUAGUAUUUCUUUGUUUCGUUUUUUUUCUCAUGUCAAUUUUUAUUAUUUCUUUUGUUUUUGUCUACUACGGUAUGUAUAUAUAUUUCUUUUUACCCUCAAUUAUAUAAUUUUUAAUUCCUAGAAAUAUUAGUGUCG